CCAGCCCUCGCUGCCGACACAUCCUACAGAGCUGCCCGAGUAACGGAGCCCACUGCCGGGAGGAGGACAGGGUGAGCAGAACUCCCAGGCCUCUGGCAGGAGAGGACAGUCUAUCCCAGAGGCAGGACACGAGCAACCAACAAGAUGCCGAAACCGAUCAAUGUACGGGUGACCACCAUGGAUGCAGAGUUGGAAUUUGCCAUCCAGCCAAAUACUACUGGCAAGCAACUCUUCGAUCAGGUGGUGAAAACAGUCGGCCUUCGUGAAGUGUGGUUCUUUGGCCUUCAGUAUGUGGACAGUAAGGGUUACUCCACGUGGCUGAAGCUAAAUAAGAAGGUAACCCAGCAAGAUGUCAGGAAAGAAAACCCCCUUCAGUUUAAAUUCCGAGCCAAGUUUUUCCCGGAGGAUGUAUCAGAAGAGUUAAUUCAGGAGAUCACCCAAAGACUUUUCUUUCUGCAAGUGAAAGAAGCGAUAUUAAACGAUGAAAUCUAUUGCCCCCCGGAGACAGCCGUCCUGCUGGCUUCCUAUGCCGUUCAAGCCAAGUACGGAGACUACAGCAAGGAUGCCCACAAACCCGGCUACCUUGCUAACGACAGACUGCUUCCUCAGCGUGUUCUAGAACAACACAAACUGACAAAGGAACAGUGGGAAGAAAGGAUACAGACUUGGCAUGAAGAACACAGAAGCAUGCUAAGGGAGGAUUCUAUGAUGGAAUAUUUGAAAAUUGCCCAGGAUCUGGAGAUGUACGGUGUCAACUAUUUUGAAAUAAAAAACAAGAAAGGAACAGAGCUCUGGCUAGGCGUUGAUGCGUUGGGUCUCAAUAUUUAUGAGCAUGAUGACAAGUUAACGCCUAAAAUUGGUUUCCCCUGGAGUGAAAUCAGAAACAUUUCAUUUAACGACAAGAAGUUUGUCAUAAAACCCAUUGAUAAAAAGGCUCCGGACUUUGUGUUUUACGCUCCUCGUUUAAGGAUUAAUAAACGUAUUCUGGCCCUGUGCAUGGGCAACCAUGAACUGUAUAUGCGGCGGAGGAAGCCGGAUACCAUUGAAGUUCAGCAAAUGAAAGCUCAAGCCCGGGAAGAGAAGCAUCAGAAGCAGUUGGAGAGAGCGCAGCUGGAGAAUGAAAAGAAAAAAAGGGAAAUCGCCGAGAAGGAGAAAGAGCGAAUAGAACGUGAAAAGGACGAACUAAUCGAACGUCUGCGACAAAUCGAAGAACAGACUUUAAAGGCGCAGAAAGAAUUGGAAGAACAAACUAGAAAAGCUUUAGAGUUGGAGCAAGAGAGGAAAAAAGCCAAAGAGGAGGCCGAGCGUCUGGAGAAAGAAAGGCGGUCGGCAGAGGAAGCUAAAGCAGCCCUGGCACAACAAGCUGCCGAUCAGAUGAAAAACCAAGAGCAGUUGGCGGCUGAACUUGCAGAAUUUACUGCCAAGAUUGCUUUAUUGGAAGAGGCAAAGAAGAAGAAAGAAGAGGAAGCCACCGAGUGGCAGCAAAAAGCCUUUGCUGCCCAGGAUGAUCUGGAAAAGACUAAGGAAGAGCUGAAAACGGUAAUGUCUGCUCCACCGCUACCGCCUCUUCCACCGCCACCACCUCCGGCGGCCCCUGCCGAGAAUGACCACGAGCACGACGAGCAGGAUGAGAACAGUGCCGAAGCCAGCGCCGAGCUGUCAUCCGAGGGGGUGAUGAACCACAGGAGCGAGGAAGAGAGACUGACGGAGACUCAGAAGAACGAGCGUGUGAAGAAACAGCUUCAGGCUCUGAGUUCCGAGCUUGCUCAGGCUAGAGAUGAAACCAAGAAGACCCAGAACGAUGUCCUCCACGCGGAGAAUGUAAAAGCGGGCAGAGACAAGUACAAGACGCUGCGCCAGAUCAGACAAGGCAAUACAAAGCAGCGUAUCGAUGAAUUCGAAGCUAUGUGA